AUGAAGUUUUCUAUUCCCUCAACAAUCCUCCUCUCCUUGGCCUCCUCGCUCGGACUCGCCCAAGCUGCCUUCUCAGCUACAGGCAACUCAAACGUCGUUCUCUACUGGGGACAAAACUCAGAAGGCACCCAGCUUAGUCUUGGUGAAUACUGUCAAUCCGAUGCCGCAGACAUGUACGUCAUCUCCUUCCUCAACGAAUUCCCCUCCACAUCCCUCAAUAUCGUCAGUUGUUAUACUACCUUCGACGGAUCCCAGCUCCUCCAUUGCCCAGACAUCGCUACAGAUAUUAAAACUUGUCAGGGACUUGGGAAAAAAGUUCUUCUCUCACUCGGCGGUGCAGCAGGUAGCUACGGCUUUUCCUCAGAUUCCGAGGCCGAGGCCUAUGCAGAAACCCUGUGGAACAUGUUUGGCGGCGGGUCCGCUGACCAGCGACCCUUUGACGAUGCCAUUAUUGAUGGCUUUGAUCUCGACAUUGAAAACAACAACCCCACAGGCUAUGCUGCUCUUGUAACCAAGCUGCGCGAGUACUUUGGUAACGACGAGUAUUACAUUUCCGCAGCUCCUCAAUGUGUUUACCCAGAUGCAAGUGUGGGUGAUGCUCUUGCUAAUUCGUAUAUUGAUUUUGCCUUUGUCCAGUUUUAUAAUAAUCCUUGUGGUGUUGACAAGGGGUCUGGGUUUAACUGGGACACUUGGAAGGACUAUGCCACAAAUACUUCGCCUAACAAAAACAUUAAAAUCUAUCUUGGUAUUCCUGCUUCUUCUACUGCCGCUGGUUCUGGAUACUCGUCUGUAUCUGAAAUUAAUACAAUUGUGUCUGAAAUAGGUUCAGACUCGUCCUUUGGUGGUAUCAUGAUGUGGGACGCCUCCCAGGCUUUUGGUAACAUUGUGGAUGGCUCAACUUAUUCAGCUGAUAUGAAAAACAUUCUCACAACGUUCAGUUUGACUACAGGUUCUAGUGUCGAUGGUAUUGAUUCAAAUGAUGGCGCAGUUGUUAUUGACAAUGGAGCCGCUGCUGUGUCUUCAUCCGUUUCUUCUGUCUCAUCUGUUUCCUCUUCUUCCUCAACUCUUGCCGUCGCAGCCUCAUCCUCCACCCUCGUGAUCUCCACCCUUGCCUAUGCCCAAUCCUCCUCUUCCUCUUCAGCUGUUCCUGAAAAUGCUCAGUCUUCUUCCACCGUUCAAACUUCUCUGGUAUAUGUCCAGCCAGUCAGUUCAUCUUCCUCACCUGUUUACUACGUAGAAACCUCUUCUACUCCAGUCUACCAGACCCAAUACAAUAACAACAACAACAACAACAACUACCAGCAAAUCUCUACUACCCAAUCUUCCUCUUCCUCUUCCUCUUCCUCUAUUGCCCCCACCACAUUUGUCUGGCAACAAGUCUCAUCAAACGCCCCUGAUGCCAUUGUCGCAGCAUCAUCAUCAUCAUCAUCUGCCCCUAUUAACCAACAGCAAUCCUCAGAGGUUGCCAUCGAAACAGCUGCUCCUGUGUCUCAAUCCACAGUCGAGUCUCCUGCUGUCGUCACUUCUCAAUCCCCAGUCGAGUCUGCCGCAACAUCUGCCGCUGCUCCUGUUUCUUCCUCUGACCAUUCAUUCAUCACUCUUUAUUCUACAAAGCUCCUUGUCUCUUCUUCCUCUUCUUCUCCUGCCACUGAACCUGCUGCUGCUGCUACUUCUCCUGUUGAAGUUGUUACCAUUGCUUCCUCUUCCUCUUCCUCUUCCUCUUCUCCUGAACCUGCUGUUGCCACUUCUCCCGCAAAUGUUGUCACCGUUUCUUCUUCCUCUUCCUCUUCUUCCUCUGCCGCUCCUGCCACUUCCUCUGUUUCUUCUUCUUCUCCCGCUGGUGGUGAAGCCACUGCCUUGGUUACAGUUUAUGCCGGUGCUGCUACACAACUUGUCUACGUGACCCAGUCUGCCGCCGUCGUCACUGAGGACGGUGUUGUUUGGGUCACACAAAUCGUCGAGGCUAUUCCCACAAAUGCCGGAAUUGCUGCAAAUGUUGUUAACAAACAAAAGGUUUCUGCUGCUGUUACUGCUGCAACCUCUUCCUCUUCUUCUUCUUCUUCUGCCGCCGCUGCUACUGCUGUUGCCACCUCUACAGAUGAACCUGCGGACGCUGCUGCUGUCGAAACUAACCUGGACUCUACUGUUGCAUCUUCUGCAAUUGCUGCACUCCAGUCCGGUGGUUCUUCAUUUGUUUCUUCGUCUGCUGCCACUACCACUCGCUUCAUUACUCUUUUCGAGGACUUUACUAGCAGACUUUCUGGUGACAUUUCUACCGUCGUCACCACUCGCAAUCUCUCAAAAUCUGCCUCAGCCUCUGCUUCUGCCUCAGCCUCAGAUUCAGCCGCACCAUCGGGCACGGCUGAUGGUUCCAUUCUCGUUUCUUCCACAGGCACAUCCUCAUCCUCGUCUUCGGCAGACUCAACGGUCCUUGCUUCAGCAGUAGCCACCGUAGCCUCAGGCUCCGGUUCCAUCAUCGACUCAAGCAAAGUUCAAGGCUCUUGCUCCGGUAAAGUUGGAAGCAGUUUGGCGUUAUGUCUUAACACCAAUUUUGCAGUCAACAAUGCGGUUGAACUUCCUGCCGAAAACGCAGCCACCGCAAGUUCCGCCGUACUGUCUCAGGCAGCCACUGCAUCCAUCCAGCCCGUCAAGAUUGCAACCACAGCCACGACUAUUACCAAGUCUAAUGGCGAGGUUGCCACAUCUGCAGUUGCCAUUGUUGUCGAUGCUGUUUCUGCAGCUGCAGUAGCAUCAUCAGCAUCUUCUUCUGCGUCUUCAACGUCUUCGGCGCCGGCCGUCGAGGCUACGUUUGAUGCAAACUCGUGCACGGAAAACGCAGUAACAUGCAAGGACGGGAAAUUUGCAUUGUGUAACUUUAACAAGUGGGUUUUGUUUGAUUGUCCCCUGACUACCGUGUGCUCAGCCAAGGACCUCAAUGGGUACAAUGUUGUUGUUGGUUGCAACUUUGAGUAUGCUGUUCAGUCGGAACUUGCUCAGGCCAGUGCAAGUGCCGCUGCAUUGCUCCAGGGUUCUUCUGCAGCUGUUGCCACUUCUUCUUCUUCUUCUUCUUCUUUGGCUACUGCCUCUCCUACUACAACAGAGGCUUCUUCAGACACCGCGGCAGCCACCACAGUUCAGAGUGAAGCAACCACUACUGUUCAGGGUGGAGCUGUGGUAGUCACAGAAAUUGCCACGGCUUAUGCCACAGCUUAUGCUACUGUCACUGCGACGGCUGCCUCUCCUGAGGGGCUGCGCAGAGUUGUUUUUAAACGCGAUGACAAUAGCUCGGAUAGCGGGAACGUGCUUGGUGGACUUGAGAGACCUGGACGCGUUGGAAUUGGCGCGCGCCAUAUCCACGCGCACGCACAUGCGCACAUGAACUUUCAAAAGAAGCAUUGA